CGUCCGUGUCCCGCGUGUUACUCGCGUUUAUCGAACUCCAGAAGAACAAUCGCUGUUAUUAAUCAUUUUGCAAUCGAUGACACGGACAAGAAAUGGAUAUAACUAACAGGAACGGGAUGUGUUUGGCGGUAAGGUUUGAUUGCUACGCAUUUGCAAAGAGGAGCGAUGGGCUGUCCUGUGUGCAGAAACUAGCUGCUGUGACGGGGUCUGCGGGAGGGCAUGUGGCGUGACGAGGCUCCGGGGCGCAGCAGCAAUCGGAAUGACACAGGGUCCCGCCGCGGUGUUCCCACUCCUGCUGGUGCUCCUGGGAUAUGCUCUGGCCAAAAUCCACCAUUGGCCCUCAGUCCAUGUAGCCUUGAGCAACGGGAGCGUGUUUGUAGAUUUCAGCUGCCUCCGCAAUGUAACAGACAGCGCCAUGACUGUGUCUCUGGUGGACAUGGAGACCAACGUCACUGUUCUGUCCAGAACAGUUCCUGCAAACCAUUCAGAGGGCACUUUGGAGUUUGACUGCACCUGUUUCCUCUAUGCUGGGAGUUUCAGAUUCAAACUGGAGCAGGAGAGUGACCGAGGUGCAUACAAUGCCACCUGGUGGUGGAGCCAGGUACUGCAUGUCCAGUGGCCCACCUUUCACAUCGCUGUGGAGAGGACCAACAACCAGAGUUCAAAUUCCUUCCAGAUUGUGAUCUCCACUAAUGACAACUUCCAGCCUUGCCUCAGCAGUAAAAGCGUGCCCCUCUAUUUAGAGGUCAGCUACCUGGAGUACAACCAGAUUGGGAGGAACAGCAUUGACAAAGUGAAGGCCCUGAAGCGUCGGGAGAUCAAGGUGGUUAAGUCGCAGAGUGUUGAGCUGGACUGUGCCUUCCCCUUCACAGAGAGGGACUUUGUCAAGGUGGCCCUCAAGUCCGCGCGCUCCCAGCAGGACAUAAAAACGUCAGGCCCUCUCUACCUGUCCCGAAUCUUCUCCUACAAGCUGCUGGUGGAUAAUGUGUACAAGGCCGGGUGCACAGGCACAGUGACCGUGCGGCUGCUGCCCCCACCUUGCGCCUUCACCAACGGGAAGGUGCUCCUGUUCAGGGAGGGGGGAGGUGCCACCCCGGGGGACGAGGUCACCCCUUCCCUGGGUUUUAACUGGCUCACUCAGGGGGAGAAUGAGACCGAGUUCAACUGCUCCAUCUUUGCACCGGGAAGGCACAGAUAUUGCUUCCGGUUUGUCCUCAACUUCAGCCGUUCCCCCAGCCCUGCCCAGACCUGCAUCAUUGUACAGAGGAAUGCAGAAACGUGGGGACUCUGGCAGUCGUGGAGUGGGUGUAGCGUGACCUGUGGAGAGGGGGUGAGGGAGCGCUUUCGUGAGUGUCUGGUGCCCUCUACUGGUGGACUGCAGUGCACCGGCAUGGUUAAAGAGCAGUCUCAUUGCUCCCUGGAAGACUGCACAGCGCCCCGUCCUUCCUUGUCUCCCUUCGCCCCCACUGACACAGCCCUGGGGGGUAACUUGGUGGCGGUGGCGGGAAUCUCGCUGUGCCUGGUGGUGAUCGUGGCCACGGUGCUGAUCACGGUGUGGCGCAAAGUGUGUCGAGCCCCCAAGUGCAGCUCGGUGCGCCGCAGCUCAAUGCACUCGCCCGGAGGCAGGAAGAACUCGGACGAGGCCUCCAUCUGCGGCCACAGCCUGCAGCGGCCCAGCUUCUCCGAGAGCCUGCAGGUCGCCCUGCCCGAGCAGGGCCUUCCCCUCGCCCCCGCUCUGGGCGGAGCACCCGAGAGGGUCACCCUGGGCCGCCAGCAGAGCCAGACCCUCCCUCUCCCCCUGGACCCCGAGAGGGUGUCCCCCACGGGCCAGAAGAUCGUCCCGCCCAUCUUCGGGUACCGCCUGGCGCAGCAGCAGCUGAAGGAGAUGAAGAAGAAAGGGCUGAAGGAGGCAACGCAGGUCUACCACGUCUCCCAGAGUCCCAUCGACGACACCAUGCUGGAAACCACCGCCUCUACCCCGGCCGCGCUCACCCCGGUGCCCCCCGACCCGGACAGCCAGGAGGAGGCCAACCUCAGCCGCUUCCGCAUCAAGUCCCCCUUCGUGGAGACCGGCAAAGCGGCCAAAGCCUCCGCCACCCUCCCCGACAGGCUCAGCCCCAAGGCGGACUUCGCCCUGGGCCCCCCUCCGCCGGGCUUCGGCAGCAGCGCGCAGCGGCGGGAGCGCACAGAGCGCUGGGUGGAGAUGGUGGAGCGCAGCGGCGGCUACCUGAGGAACCCCAGCUUCAGGAGGACAUCCAGCUUCCACGAGAGCAAGCAGCCGCAGCAGCCCCGGGCCUUCAGGGAGCGCAGCAUGACCCAGGUGGCCCCCCGACAGCUCCCCGAGGGAAGCUGCAGGGCCAGGCUGUGGGAGCAGCACCACGUCCCGGAGCGGGAAGACUGGGACCGGCCCAAGCCCGGCCCGAGCAACGGCCCGGUCGACGAGAGGCGCCGGCCGUACGUGGAGGCGGCCCCCCGCUUCCCUGAGCAGGGACGCUACGCAGCGGGGGCCACAUCAGAAACAGAGGACGCCAACAGGCUGGACCCCCUGUGCGAGCGGCGCCUGGGGGCCCGGGGCCUGGGGUUCGGGCAGGACAGGGCAGACAGGGCUGAGGCGAACUGGAACAGGAGGGGCCCCUCUCCCAUCCAGAGGAACAUCCUGGCCCGCAAGCUGAGGGAGGCCAACUCCUCAGCCACCUGCCACCGCCAGCGCAGCUCCACAUUCAGCCACUUAGACUACCGAAGGGACAAGUGCAGGAGCCUGCCCCUGUCCACAGACUAUGCGGGCUACACCUCCACCUAUGGCCUGACCGAGUCCGAGCAGCGCAUGAUGGACCUCUCUGGGUAUUUAGGGGAGGAGGAUAACGUGGAGGUGCUGGGGGUUCACAGGCUCACCUAAAAAGAGACAGCGGGGGUAGACCUGUUCCUAGUCACAUAACUGGGCCACAGCCAGAACUGAUACUGGUUUCUGUCAUUUCUGAUGGAUGGUGAAGAGGGCUGUGAGGGAAUGUAUUGUUCAUGGGAAGAGGCGUGGUCCAGAUACGAUGUAACUAACUGUCUGAUUUAAGGUGGAAUCAUAGCAAAUGUGAUACAUCCAGGAACAGACAGUGAUGGAAGCCACUGCUUAUUGCUACUGUUGCAUGUACAAGUUACAAUCUGUUCAGGGACAAAAUAAUGUUUUACUCAACCUAUUUGCAGAGGUCAAAUGUAAUUCUUUCUCUAAAAAGAGUGUUUUAAAAUAUUUUUUCAUUCCUACCAACCUUUAUGGAGUUUAAAGCACAACGACUUAGUAUUUGUA